AUGUCUUCUCCAUUGUCUUCACUCCCUGAAGAGCUGCAAAUCGAAAUCAUGAUCCAUCUCGACAGUCAUUCCAUCCUCCAGAUGGCGCUUACCUGCCGUGCUUUUUACAGGGCCUUCCAGUCGACGCCCAUCCGUUACAUCUACGAGCUCGGAAUGAACCCUCUGCAGGAUGCUGGAUCGGGAAAGUCGACCGAUGAGCUGCUUGUUCUCCUCCGAGAUCGACAGAAGGCGUGGGCAACCCUCGAAUGGAAGAGCUUAACAACGGUGGAGCUUCCACCGAAUCAGCAAUCUUUUAAACAAUCUGCUGGGAUACUGGCCGAGCUGGGUGAGACCGAUGUUCUGGUCGUCUACCUACCAUCUUCCACCCAACCUAGCCGUACCCUCCGUCACUCGAUUGACGGCAUGCACAUCGACGAUAUUGCGAUUGACGGAAACCAGGAUCUGAUCAUCCUGGCGGGAUACUUUGAAUUGCCGGAUAAACGGCGCAUACGUCUUCACUGCCGUACAAUCUCGACGAGCGAAGUCCAUCCCAAUGCAACCGCAGGCGGUAUCCUUGAAUACGACAUACAUGAAGACAAAUAUCGCGAACACAAUUUGGUAACGAUGCAAGUUACACUUGCAGACGACAUCGUCGUUGUGGGUACUGGCGAGAAGGUCACCCCCAACUCCUGCUUUGGAACUGGACUGCGGGGCUACUCCUCUUCCUUCGACUUCCUCCGACGAGACGCCUUGCUCUUGACGUCGGCCACCUCUAGCGGCCAGAUACUCGUCUACCGCUUCUCCCCUACAGCACCUGGAAUACCUGUGCAUGUCGCCUCGUUUGGGCUGCCGCCCAUUGUACCGGCGACCCGCGUGUCGUACAUACGGGUUAGUUCGGGGCAAUUUCAGCCGCGGCCCACGCCAGGGAUGCUCUUCAUGCAUUUGCCUGAGUCCCGGGCGCUGACCUUCUCCAUCAACUAUUACCAUCACCUUUAUACGCUGUUUGUCAGGAGUUCGACGUUCUUAAGGUAUAUGGACGAUUCCGCAAGUGGUCUUAAUGAAGCACGGGAUGUGCCAUGGGAAAUGUGGGGCGAAAGGGAGAGCCGAUUUACAGAAAUGGAUCACAACGUGUCGAGUCGGGGCAUCCAUGGAAGCCGUGUUAUUCAUGGAUUACAUGACGGAACAAGCAUCGAGGUGCUGGAUUUCUCAAGCGGUCUGCCGUGUCUCGCCUCUACCAUCUGCAAGCGGCAUGGAUCAGACAGUCCUACCGUUGUGCCACGCAAACAGAUAUUCUUACAAGACGUUGUUACCGCCCUCCCAUAUCGUCUCGAAGAUGUAGGUCUUGUGCACUCCUUUGCCGCCCCCACCUACUGA